AUGGCUGAAAGCGAGUUUUCGCGUACUGUUCAAACACACAUUCAAUCAUCUAGCCCAAAUAGAUUCUCAAAGCCUCGCCCUGCCUUCGAGGAGUCGGGAAGGCCGGGCAAACGACCCCGCCUGCAAAGCCCGGUGCCUAUGACAGCAGCAGCAGCAGCAGCUCUUGCCCAGGCUAAAAAACGAAGCUCACCGACACCCUCAGUCCUACAAUCUCCUAAUCCACAGGCCGAGGCUUUGGGUGCGCUGAUGGGCUUGACACAGAAUGUCACCAGCCCAGCCAUCCAACACCCCAAGCCGAAUGCUGCCACUACCAUGAGCCAGCCAUUGGCUGUCGUUGCCGCGAAUUUGCAAAGUGGUGUCGAGGGCAGUACAAGCCCAGACAACAAUCUACUAACUAGCCCAGCAACCAGUGUAGGUACAGUCGGCAGCAUACUAAAUGUAUCUGGCGCUGGCACAUCUGUCACGAGUCCACAACCUGUAGAAGGUGCUCCCAAACCAACACACGAUUCAGUCUCGCCGCAGGAUCCUGGCAAGAGCGCCUCCUAUCACACCCCAUUCUUGACGCCUCAGAUCUCGGAUGCUGCUCGAAGGGGCAUGAGCUUGCCGGGCUCUGCAUCUAGACACGACGCUCGCUCGCCGUCGUCGAGCAGUAAGAAGCACAAAUGCCCCUACUGUUCAACCGAAUUCACCAGACACCACAAUCUCAAGAGUCACCUUUUGACUCACAGUCAAGAAAAGCCAUAUGUGUGUUCGACAUGCAACUCUAGGUUUCGCCGGUUGCAUGAUCUGAAACGUCACACGAAGCUGCAUACAGGUGAGCGUCCCCACGAGUGUCCGAAGUGCAACAGAAAAUUCGCCCGCGGAGAUGCGCUUGCCCGUCACAACAAAGGUCCCGGAGGCUGUGCGGGCAGGCGAUCGAGUAUCGGCAGCUUCGGAGGUGACGAGGAAGGUGAAGGCGAUGAGACCAUGGACGGCAUUGUCUACGGGGAGCCUGACACCAUGGAGGAUGAAGAAGGAGGAGCACGUGGUACACCGGUGAUCCGUCGACAAGCACCCUCUGGAGAUGACUCGAUAGACAGCACGGCUAAUUAUCGUCUCCCGAGCACUUAUCCCCCAAUCCAAGGUCGACCUACUGGAUCGUCUUUCCCACCUCCAGGCUAUACCUCUUCGAAUGCUCCACAACCCAUCAACCAACACCCUGUUGGCUCGCGAUCAUCCAAGUUGGGCCCUGGCCCACCAGUCUUUGCGCACAAUCCGAUGACGGAGAGUCCGAAGCCUAUAAGUCCAGCACAACGACAGAACACAGGGACUAUGGACAGUGUUGGCAGAAACCGAUCUCCAAGUAACCCUCAGUACGCCCCAGCAUACGCACCACGGGGUUUAAGUGGUUCUACCUCGUUAGCCGUACCUCCGCACGGACCUCAGCUGCCGCCACCGCACGGGUUGAACCCUCCCGAUUCAAGGUUUACUCUGGCUAGUCAAGCAGGGCCUACACACCCUCCAACACAACCAAUUGGACCACCAACCCAUAUGUCUGGAAGUGGGCCAUUGUCAUCUCAUAGUAGCUCAGGCCACGGUUUCUCGGCCCAUGGUAGUGCUGAAGGACAUCACCACAAAGGUGCUUUCCCAACAAAUGAGGAACGUCUUUGGGCCGUUGUCAGAAGCUUAGAGCAGCAGAUGGGCGGUAUGCGCGAGACCAUCGAAGCACUUCGAGCGGAAGUCGGUACUCUUAGAAAGACUAUUGAUCAGCAACGCACAUGA